UGCUGCCAGCGGAAAAUGGCUGCUGCAACCUCAAGCCUAUCCUGAUACACCGAAACGACAUCAAGGUGGAGAGAGAGAGAGAGAGAGAGAGAGAGAGCAAGGGAGAGAGGAAGAGCGAGAAAGAUUAGGAAAAUGAGAGCAGAUAGAGAGAGAAUGUGAGCGAGUCUGUGAGUGUUUCCUGAAAGGAGGAUAAAAAGAGAGAGAGAGAGGAGAGACCCUGGGGUGGGCUGCUGCAAGCGGCGGGCAACACCGAGCCAUGGAGGGCGAUGUGCGUGUUCGUGCAGUGGUGAUGACACGUGAUGACUCCAGUGGCGGCUGGGUGCAACUCGGAGGUGGCGGCCUCAGUCAUGUGGUCAUAUGUAAGGGGCGGAGUCACGACGGCAGGGGGCGGAGAGAGUACAUCAUACGUGGAGAACGGCUGCGAGAUCGAGCACCGGUGUUGGAGUGUGCGGUGCAACGGGGGUUAGUGUACAACAAGGUGAACCCCAUCUUCCAUCACUGGCGAGUAGAGGAUCGAAAGUUUGGCCUUACGUUCCAGAGUCCCGCCGACGCCAUCUCCUUCGAGAAAGGGCUGCAGGCUGUCAUAGACAAGCUCGACAGAGGCUCUGACUCGCCCUCGUCCUCCACACCAGAAGAGGCUGACACCGAGGAUGAUGGACAAGCUUCCCAUACAGGAAGUGAGUCGUCGUCCAACAGCAGAAAGGAGAUGCUUCCCAAACCCAUCACCAUAGUGACGAGUGAGUCGUCGGCUACCUGCUUCGUGCGGUCGGAAGAGUUUAGUUUUGGAUCCAGCCACGCUGUCACCACUCAGACACCUGCUCAGAUCCACACCAGGCCAGGACAGCACCAGCUUUCACAAAUGACGGCUGUGUUAAACCCUCCAGCGCCCCCGCCCCCGCCUCCUGCUCCACCUACUCCUCCUGUGGGUCCCCCAGCUUCAUCUCCUCUGUCCCCCCUCUCACCCACCAUUUCUCUGCUGGAGGAGGGAGACCUGCGCAGCGUGGACCCGUGCAAAGACCUGUGGGGCUCUCGAGGUUAUGAGGACUACAGACGGGCGAGCGCCACCAGGACUAUGGUCGGGGGGCUGACCGGGGGUGUGGUUGUUGGAAGCGGAGGGAGUCUGCAGGACAAGUCAGAGCUGUGCGUGGUUCGGUUCGAGAAGGAGUUGGCGGGAGUGGGGACGGCAGGCUGUGAUGUGACAGUUACCCUGGACAGUAAAGCUUCCCAGCGUCUGUCCUCGUCGUCGCCCACCUGUAUGUCCAUGCCCAACGCUGUGUCAGGCGUGUCCUCAGGUGCCGGCUCACCCCAGGAGACGGUCAAAGGCUCGCCCUCUCCCUGCUGCAUCCACACCUCACUGGCCACGCCCCGGUCGCGGACUCGUAAGAGAGGAGGAGGGGCCAGCAGCAGCUGCGACCCGGGGGUAAUCUCCCCCGACGACGACAGCCCGUGUCCUCAGGCUUCAUCGUCAUGCUCAUCUCGCUGUGUGUACUGCCGCUCUGUUUUCAGCGCUUCGGAGAACGGGCGGGGCCGCUGCAGAGAUGCCCCAGACCCGGCCCUGCACUGCCUGCGCCAGUGGACCUGUGUGUGGUGCGCAGAGAGUCUGCUCUACCACUGCAUGUCGGACUCUGAGGGAGAGUUCUGGGAGCCUUGCUCGUGUGAAGACUCAUUGGGGGGCCACCCGCACCCCCUUUGCUGUGCCCGCUGGUUGGCCCUCCUGGCCCUAUCGCUCUUCGUGCCCUGCAUGUGCUGCUACCUGCCUUUGCGCGCCUGCCUGCGGUGUGGGGAGAGGUGCGGCUGCUGUGGGGGAAAGCACAAGGCGGUCCGAUGAGGCCAGGCUACGGGGUGGGCGGGGUUCUCUGGACCAAGGAGGUUUGGGUGUUGAGAGGUUGAGAGCACCUGUAGGGGGGGAUGCAAGACAGGGAGCUUAGCAGGUGGAACAGUGCUCUCGGUAGACCCAGACCCUCUCACAUGGCCCUCCAAAGCCCCACGGCCUUCCACUGCAUUCCUCUCUUUCUCUUUUCAACCUGGGGCCUUCCUCACUGGUCCAUGCCUGCUGGAGGUGCACUGCACUCAGACCAGGCUCUGUGGGAGUCAUCUGGAGCCUUCAUAGUGGAUUUACUGAGGAUUGGCUGAUCUAGAGGUUAGCGGUCAGAGACUUUAUCACAGGAAGAUGGGUGGCAAGAGGCAACGAUGAUGUGUACACUGUUUCAAAAUGUCUGUUUGUUUGUUUUUUUAUUUAGAAACAAAAAACACAAAAAACAAAAGAUGUUUAUAUAUAUGAUUGUUAUAAUUUUAAUUGGUAUAUUUUAUUAAAUGUAAAACAUAUUGACAGAAUCCCCCCGAUGGCACACACUAUCACAUACUCACAAACAUGAGAUCUUGGGGAAGUUAUUUGUUUCAUGUUGGCCUGUUUAUCAGUCAGAUGAACAGAUGUCACCCUUUACCUCUAAUUUUACCUCAGAUGUUACUCAAACCCUGGUCGAGACAUGAAAAAGAAGAAAGGGAGAGAGGUUUAAAAGAGCGUGAGCACGAACGAGUGCAGUCUUAAGGAAAGUAUGAGCAUCUGAGACCACUAGUGUUGUCUUUUGGUGAAAGUAGUAGACCACAGUGGAAGAACGGUUAUCAAAUGCAAAGGGACAAUUAUCAUGAAGGGAAGUUGCAAUGACAACCACAAAGACUUAAAAGUCAUAAUGUGAUUCAUUAUGGUCCUUUUUAACCAAACACAAGGCUAUUUUUGUUUUUCUGAAGUAAAAAAAAAAAAAAAAGAAUGUGUGUCGAACAUUAAACACCCUCACUUUACACAUCUUUCCAUGUAUUUUCAAUAUUAACCAUAGAGAACAUCACAUCCCACCCACUGUACUUGUUGAAUCAGUCAAGGUGCUUACAACUGAGGCCUCUGAGCGAAGUCUAUUCUACCUAACGUACACAACGACCUUACACACCCAAAACCCCAAAGAGAAACAAAACAGGACCCCACUGCUAACCAAUCUGUAGACGUGUCCAGGCCUUUGAAUGAGACGCCACCAAAAAAAAAAAAAAAGAAGUGCAAUGAACAAUGUAUUGAAAGAGUAUUUUUGUACCAGUCGCUCGAGUUAAGAAAAACUAAAACAGAAGUUGAAAAGUGUUGGAACUGGAUACCGUAGUGUGUUACUGGUGUUCGAUAUCAAACAGAAAAGGGAUAAACGGGAACACAAACUUGUCUUUGAGCAAGCAGCACGUAGCACACAGGUGUGACAUUUAAAUGCGCGUGCUGUGUAGACUGUUGACCCUGUGAAAAGAAAAAGGAGACACAUUAACUUUAAAAAGAUGAAUGGCCCGUAGGCUCUUUGUUUGGGCACAGUGGCAGAUGUGUUUGCUGAAUGUUGCUUUAAGUAUGAAGUAAAAAAAAAAAAAAGCUGCUAUUUUAAGUCCUGUCCUUAAACCCCGAGUCAAACCUACGAGGUUGGUGUGGCAGAGUCAAACAAUCCUACCCAAGGUGCUGAGGGUGCUAAAGAGUGUGUGAGGAAGGGUUUUUUUGUAAGUUUACAGCUGGGCUUAAAGAUAAAUUCACCCCGAGACAUUAAAAAAAAAAAUGCUUCUGGUGAUGUACGUUGCAUUUCUGUGUCUGUUUAGCUGAUUGGGGGUAUAUUUUUCUACUGGCCAUGGGUAGAUUAAAAGCUAUUUCCAUCACAGCUCCAAAAGAUUUUUGUUAACAGGAUGUUUUUUCAAAAAAAUCUUAAUAUGUCAGCGUAAACAUCAGGGUUUUUUUUUUUUUUUUUUUGUGUAAAAUCCCUCCGAAUCAAAGAAGGGCCUUUUGUACAGCCUCCACUUUGCACCAGUGUUUAACAAUCAUGCAAGGUGAAAUAUAGUAUUGACGAGGCUCUAAUAUCCCCCUAUAACUGUUGUUAUUGGUCUCUCCCGACUACUGAACACAACAAUCUCACACACCUGGUUUCUGUGUGAGUUGUUGAGAAAUUGUAAGAAAUCAAGACAAGCAGGGUCGAUGAGUGAGUAAAAAAUGGGAACAUUGAUAAAGAAAUGACAAAGAAUAAUCUUAAAAAUAACUCAUGAAAUGCACUGAGCAUCACAGAAUGGUGAUAUCUUAACAGUGUACUUUAAAUUAAAGAUGGAAAUACAUACAGCGUGCUUUAUGUAUGAGGAAACCAGUGUUGAGCAGUGAUGCUGCAGUCUCACGUCUCCAAAAUAGAGGAUCACCUCCUUGAUUUAUGGCAGAAUGAACUUAUCAGAAGCUUCACCAGAGUAUUUACAUUUUAAUUUACAGCCAAGAACUUUUUAUCCAAAGUGACUUAAAGUGAGUGAACUUGGCAGAAGGAGUUCAGAGUCAGGUCACAGGACUGCUGAUGAACACAAACCCCUCGACCCCUCGCGGUUAUGGGAUUUACGUCUUCACUACUAGGACCAGCCUGCCGACAAUGCUGGUCCAUUUAGAGAGAAACACAAACUCAGUCUUCACUAGACUGCCAUUCCCUGAUCCUAAAUUAACCCUAUGCCCUCCCACCCUACACACACUAUUCUGCAAUGCGUAGAACUGCACACACACACACACACGUUCACUCGAUGGUGCAGAUAUACAGAACUAGUAAAGCCAUUGCACAUUAGUUUGCUACUUCUGGUUCAGAAAUGGUGUUAGAGUACAGUACUGACAAGUCAUGCGAUCACAAUUGCAGCCCCCCCCCCAUUCUUACAUCUUAAUAAAUGUGCCUUUUGAUUUGAGUAAUCAAUAACUUAUGAUUUCUAAGUAACUCUGUGUUAAGUACUAUUUUACUUUUUUCUUUUUGGGGUUAUUGAUUUCUGCCAAUGUGCAUAUUUUUUUCAAAUGUACGUAUUUAUUAGUUUCAAAAGUAAUUAAUGAGAUAUUACCUGUUUUAUUUAUUUAUUGAGAUAUUUAUUCUGAUUCUUUAUUUUUUUGGAGACAGGUUUUUAUCUUCCGUGCUGUCUUACUUCUGACUUUGUGCCAAUGUGCUGCUUUGAGGUGUUACAUAUCGUGGGUUUGUAUCAUUAUUAAACCCUCACUCUAUAUUUUAAAA